AUGGCGUUGUUGAAGCGGCUGUCCGACAGCUUCUGGGGCUAUGUCUCACCGCAGAAACAGACACAGGCUCCAGCGCUGCCGACACCCAAGACCGAGCCAACCUUCAAGAAGCCAGACAGACCGCCAAGACGAACGUCAAUGCAUGAAUUGAAGAGGGGCGCACCGUCGAUGAGCCCAAGCGAGCGAGUGGGUAGCUGGCAAGUGCGAUCACCAGGACCAUCGAGUCGCGCCAGCUCUUCCGCAACUGGCGGCAGUAAAAGGAAGAGACUGUCCACACCAGAGUCAAGCGCAGGUCGCGGAAGGAAGCACAAGAUGCCAAGAGUUGAUCUCCAGUAUACAGGCAUUGAAGAGGAUGAGGAUGUGGAGGAUCACGGUGGAGAGACUGCCAUCCACGAGGAUGAGCUGCAUGAGCUGGCCGAUCGCACCUCCCGGAUGAGGUCCAGGUCCAGCACGCCUCGAUCCCAAAGGCACAGGUCGCCUUCGCUCGAGGCAGAGGACUUUGAAGACGAUGACAUGUCAAUCGAGAAGACAGUCGUGGUGAGCGAGGACCAAUAUGCCCCACUGCCACGGCGCGUGAUUGAUCUGCCGAAGGAGCACGGUAUGCGGCAUAUCUCGACCGAAGAGCUGCGUGCACAAGGCUGGGACGACGACUACAUCACACUGAUUCAAAAGAUUGGCAUGCGUGGGUACGAGCCACUCCUUCCGCGGUACCUCAAGUUCGAGUACAUCUUCCUGCCCGAUGGACUGUUCGAGGCGACCGACGAGGCUUUUAUCGGUAGCGUUCGUGGCUACAAACCGGGUGCUCACUUCAAAGCCGGCAAAGUCUUGACCAGACUACUCGAGCUUGGCAGUCGUGUUCGCGAUCGCGCAGAAUUGAUUGCUGAUGGCGAGGGCGUGGUCGAACCAGAAGAACAGACCCGGAAACAGCUCAAUGCAUUCUUGAAGUGGGCGUUCGAGGAUGCACAGAUCGACAAAGCCACUGCCAUUCCCAUCCUCGCUACAGUCUUCCGACCAGCCGGUACAGAAGCUUCAGAAUUGCGCACCGAAGCAACGCGAAAGUGUCGCCGUCUCGCAGCACGAUACCGUGAGGCCCUUCGUGUGCAACGAUCUGUCGAAGUAUCUCCAGGAUCGAGAUCGUCUGUGGGCACCAUACUAUCUUACGAGCUGCCCACAUUUUACGCCUUGGUCGCCUCACACUCGAUCGUUGCCCUCAUGGCCUACCGGCCUGGAGAUGUCAAUGCAGAAGUCAAGCCCAUGGCAUACUUCGACCUUGGCGAGCAUGAUCACGACGUGUGGAACGCCCUCGCCAUCGCGAUCCUCGCCUGCCACGUUCGAGAUGUGCACAUGCGGAUUGCGGAAGAUACUGGGCUCGGUAAGCGAGAGGGCUCAUCUGAGAGUAGCUUUGACGAUGAGGACUUGUGA